CUACAGUGGAGAGUAAUUCAUUGGAUGUUAAUGGGAUUGGUUUUCUUGCUCUUGUUAAGUUGUUGGAUCAAAACUGUUGAGAUUAAGAAUAUUUAUUGGAUUUUGUAUUUGAGUGCAAGGUGGUUUUAUUAACUUCCAAUCUAGGAAAAAGACUUCGAACCAAAUUGAUGAUCAGGUCAGAAAUACACAAGUGUCCGGUUCUCCGAAUUUUGAAGCAAUUCACCUUUGAAAUUUCACACACCUCAUAUGAUUUUUUGGAUUCCGCUGGUAUUGGGCUUAUUUCAGCUUCCUGCCAUUUUCUGCACAUCAGGCUGCUUCUUGUAGUCCAACAUAUCUGCUCCCUACGUUUAUAACAUGCCGUCAAGGUUAAUAUUUGUGGUACUGACCGUAGAACAGAGCAGAGUUUGUGGUUAAUAAGAAGGCCUUAACCAAGAUUUAGAGCAAUUAGGUAGGUAGAAACCUUUCUUCUCCUUCGAAUCAAACUCAGUAUUUGCUUCAAACAAGGCUAGAUGACUGUGGAUGAAGUGGAUAGUAGCUCUGAGUGGAGCAGAGAGCAGGAUAAGGCAUUUGAAAAUGCGUUGGCAACUCAUCCGGAGGAUGCUUCAGAUCGAUGGGAGAAGAUCGCAGCUGACGUGCCCGGGAAGACUAUAGAGGAAAUCAAACAGCAUUAUGAACUCUUGGUUGAAGAUGUUAGCCAGAUUGAAUCUGGUUGUGUGCCUUUACCAUCUUAUAAUUCUUCUUCAGAAGGCUCAACAAACCAUGCUAGUGAUGAAGGAGCUGGCAAAAAGGGCAGCGGUCUUGGGAAUUUUAACAGUGAGUCCAAUCAUGGAACUAAGGCUUCAAGAUCAGAUCAAGAAAGACGGAAGGGGAUUGCUUGGACGGAGGAUGAACACAGGUUAUUUCUUCUGGGCUUGGACAAGUAUGGGAAAGGUGAUUGGCGAAGCAUAUCAAGAAACUUUGUGGUGACAAGAACACCUACACAAGUUGCCAGCCAUGCCCAAAAGUACUUUAUUCGAUUAAACUCCAUGAACAAAGAUAGAAGGCGAUCCAGUAUACACGAUAUCACCAGCGUUAACAACGGUGACGUUUUAGCUCCACAAGGACCAAUCACCGGUCAGACGAAUGGUGCUGCCACCAAUUCUACUGCCAAAGCAACCAAACAAGCCACCCCGGCCUCAACCGGAGUGCCAGGAGUUGGAAUAUAUGCUGCUCCUACCAUUGGACAACCUGUAGGAGGACCCUUAGUAUCUGCAGUUGGCACUCCAGUGAACCUUCCUUCACCUGCACACAUGGCAUACGGUGUCAGGGCUCCAGUUACCGGUGCAGUUGUAUCUGGUGCACCGGUAAGCAUGAGUCCUGUCACGUAUCCUAUGCCACAUACAUCUGCUCCUCACAGGUGAAUUGCUGCUAAGCGGCCUUAAUGUACAAAAGCAACAAGAAACUAGUGGUGGCUUCUGCAGUUGAUGUAUUCUUUUCUAGACAAUUGCUUUUUGCUUAUUAUAUGCAGCAAUGAGUUAUAUGCAUAAUCAGUCAUUUCAAAUAAGCCAUGUGAGGAAGCAAUUGAAUGUAUCCGCAUAGGCUGCCAUGGAAUGCUUGACAGCCUUGACAUAGAACAACAUAAACAGUACGGUUGUUUUGCAGACAUUUCAUUGCUGUUGUUAAACCGUGCUACAGAGGAGGGUUCUAUGGAUUUCAAGUGUAAAUUAUUGUUGCAUUCUCUUGGUUUUUGCAGGAAAUAUAAAAUGUUCAAUCAUCUAUCUACCUUAAUUUCACGUUUGUGUUGAGUU